UUUGCACUCAAACAUCGUUAAAGACGCAAUAUCUUUCGUCUUUCUUGUAUUACUCUUCAUCAUUUUCUUCUCCUCUUCUUCCUGUCCUCUUUGCAGACAUGGCGAUCUGGUUUGCUAGAUCAAGAAACAUCGUUUUUAGCUUGAGACAUAAUCUGAAUUUGCCGGGGAUUCUCAUCAAACGUGAUUACUCUCCUCGUCCCGCUUUUACAAACUCUCAGUUAUCUUCGAAAUCAUCAGUGUUUUUGGAUUCCUUCACGAGCCUACGUCACGAGUCUACGGCAGUGGAGAAACAACUUGACUUGGUUCAGCGAAGUGAUGAGGAAAACCCUGAUCAGGAAUUGGAUUUUCCGGGAGGCAAACUCGGUUCUACAUCUAAGAUGAAAUUCAUCCCUGAAUCAUCUCCUCUAAGAGUUCCUUGUUAUCGAGUUCUUGACGAAGACGGAAGAAUCAUCCCCGAUAGCGAUUAUAUCCCGGUGAGCGAGAAACUCGCGGUUAGAAUGUAUGAACACAUGGCGACGCUUCAAGUGAUGGACCACAUCUUCUACGAAGCUCAACGUCAAGGAAGAAUAUCCUUCUUCAUCACUACCGUCGGAGAAGAAGCCAUUAACAUCGCUUCCGCCGCCGCUCUCAGUCCAGAUGACGUCGUUUUACCUCAGUACCGAGAGCCUGGAGUGCUUCUAUGGCGCGGCUUCACGUUGCAAGAGUUUGCGAACCAGUGCUUUGGUAACAAAGCUGAUCACGGCAAAGGCAGACAAAUGCCGGUACAUUACGGCUCUAACCGACACAACCACUUCACUGUCUCCUCGCCCAUCGCAACACAGCUUCCUCAAGCUGCUGGAGUUGGCUAUUCUUUGAAAAUGGAGAAGAAGAAUGCUUGUGCAGUAACAUUCAUCGGAGAUGGCGGCACUAGCGAGGGAGAUUUCCACGCCGGAUUGAAUUUUGCGGCGGUGAUGGAAGCUCCGGUGGUUUUUAUAUGUCGGAACAACGGUUGGGCUAUCAGCACUCAUAUCGAGAAGCCUAUUGUGAUGGACUUAGACAGUGACGAUGACUAUGUGAAUGAUGUUCUUUGGGGACAAGUGAAUGACUGUAUGAUGGAUACGGAGCAAGCUGGAUAUUUCAAUAGAGUGAGGAUGAUAAUCGUUUCAACAAGUAAACCUGGAGAGGAGAUUAAAGUGAAACGUAAGGAUGAGGAAUACAAAAUAUAUUCUUCGAAAGGAUAA